GCACGAGCUUCCCGGUACAAAGCAGGUCUCACUUGUGAAGGGACAGCAGAGCUCUGUGCUGUAUCCCCUACCCCCCACAAACCCUAGAUCUCUCUCUCUCUCUCUCCACUGCUCAUUUCAGUAAAACAAACCCUAGAUUUCACCGAAGCUUUUGGCUAUGCCUUCGCGAAAAUCGUGAUUUUGCCAGCCUCCUCUGAUGACCUCCUCUGAACAUGCCGUAUUUGAGCCUGUUCAGAGGGUACUCGAGAAGCUUUGCUCUCCUUAUCAUGUCUCUUUCCCCUAAUUUGCCUCGCAAUCUUCGUCAAACUUGCAGAGCCGUUUGUCCUAGCAUGGCUGAAUACUCUUCAGGGAUUCAGAAUGCUCGACGUUUGCAAAGCGUUUGCACUGCCCCUUUUAUCAACAGGGGUGUCACUACCAUGGCUCCUGUUUUUGCAGGGGUCUCGACCCGUUUGCCUGAGUCAGAGUGGAGAGAGGACCAGAGGCCGGGCUUUAAUUCUAAGGAUUUUGGGCCAUUUUCUCAGCCAAGUAUGCAGUAUGGGCGAUGUGCUUAUGAUGAUUACUCCGAUGAUGAGUCUGAUCGUGAAAUGGAGCCAAAUAAGGGAACUUCUACCCUUGAUAACCUUGAUGAGUGGAAAUGGAAAUUGACCAAGCUCAUCCGGAAUAAGGAGGAGGAGGAAGUGGUGUCGAGGGACAAAAAAGACAGACGUGACUAUGAGCAACUUUCAGCAUUAGCUACUAGAAUGGGCUUGUAUUGUCGCCAGUAUGAAAAAGUAGUGGUUGUAAGCAAGCUCCCGCUGCCAAACUACAGAUCUGAUCUCGAUGCUAAGCGGCCCCAGAGGGAGGUGCUUAUUCCCGUUGGUUUGCAAAGAAGAGUGGACUCUCUGCUAGGCGAGUUUCUUUCUCGAAAACCUGUGAAUAGGGGAAGCUUUUCAGAGAUUUCUUUUACAAGUUCGAGCAGCAAUGGUAGUCUCAACACCAAUGAAGAUGGGCUUCUUGAAACACCUGAGCCACGACGACCUGCUAGUUCUGUCAUGGAGAAAAUUCUCUUGCGGAGAAGCCUGCAACUUCGCAACCAACAGCAGGCUUGGCAGGAAUCACCUGAAGGUCAAAAGAUGAUAGAUUUUAGAAACAGUUUACCUUCCUACAAAGAAAGGGAUGUAUUAUUGAGAGCUAUAUCAGAUAAUCAGGUCAUUGUUGUUUCUGGGGAAACUGGUUGCGGUAAGACAACCCAACUUCCUCAGUAUAUUCUGGAAUCUGAAAUUGAUGCUACUCGUGGAGCACUUUGUAGUAUAAUUUGUACUCAGCCUAGACGGAUAUCAGCCAUGUCAGUUUCCGAACGAGUUGCUGCAGAGAGAGGAGAGCAGUUGGGGGAAUCCGUUGGUUACAAGGUUCGGUUGGAGGGUAUUAAAGGGAGGGAUACUAGACUUCUUUUCUGCACUACGGGGGUUUUGCUUAGAAGAUUACUGGUUGACAGAGAUCUUAGAGGUGUAACUCAUGUUAUUGUGGAUGAAAUCCAUGAACGUGGCAUGAAUGAAGAUUUCCUGCUUAUUGUCCUAAGAGACCUCCUUCCCCGUAGACCAGAGCUGAGGUUGAUCCUGAUGAGUGCAACCCUGAAUGCUGAGCUUUUCUCGUCCUACUUCAGUGGUGCACCAAUGAUGCACAUACCGGGAUUUACACAUCCUGUGCGAGCACAUUUUCUAGAGGAUAUUGUUGAAACCACUGGCUAUAGAUUGACUCCAUACAACCAAGUCGAUGAUUAUGGUCAAGAAAAGAUGUGGAAAAUGCAGAGACAAGCUCUACGUAAGAGGAAAAGCCAAAUAGCUAGUUCUGUUGAGGAUGCAUUAGAAGCUGCCAAUUUUGACAAAUAUAGUCUGAGAACUCGGGAGUCUUUGGCCUGUUGGAAUCCUGAUUCGAUUGGAUUCAACCUCAUUGAAAAUGUAUUAUGCCAUAUAUGUAGGAAUGGAAGACCUGGUGCUGUGUUAGUUUUUAUGACUGGGUGGGAUGACAUAAAUUCUCUGAAGGAACAGCUCCAAGCUCAUCCUCUUCUAGGUGAUCCGAGCAGAGUUCUCGUACUUGCAUGCCAUGGGUCUAUGGCAAGUUCAGAGCAGAGAUUGAUUUUUAACAAACCUGAAGAGGGAGUACGGAAGAUAGUGCUUGCUACUAACAUGGCUGAGACAAGUAUCACCAUUAAUGAUGUGGUAUUUGUUGUGGACUGUGGGAAGGCCAAAGAGACAUCUUACGACGCAUUGAACAAUACACCUUGCUUGCUCCCUUCAUGGAUUUCAAAGGCGUCUGCUCGUCAAAGAAGAGGCAGAGCUGGUCGUGUUCAACCUGGAGAGUGUUAUCAUCUCUAUCCCAGAUGUGUAUAUGAUGCUUUUGCGGAGUACCAAUUGCCAGAGCUUUUGAGAACACCUCUCCAAUCUCUUUGCUUACAAAUCAAAAGUCUUCAGCUCGGAAGCAUUUCUGAGUUUUUGUCAAGGGCAUUACAGUCACCAGAACUACUAUCGGUUCAAAAUGCCAUAGAAUAUUUAAAAGUUAUUGGGGCCUUGGAUGAGAAGGAGAAUUUAACUAUCCUUGGACGUCACUUAUCAAUGCUUCCAGUCGAGCCUAAACUUGGGAAGAUGCUUAUCCUUGGGGCAAUAUUCAAUUGCCUUGAUCCUAUACUCACUGUUGUUGCUGGCCUUAGUGUCAGGGAUCCAUUUCUUAUGCCAUUUGAUAAGAAGGAUCUUGCAGAAUCUGCUAAGUCACAGUUUGCUGGGAAAUACUAUAGUGAUCACCUUGCCCUCGUCCGAGCUUAUGAAGGUUGGAAAGAUUCUGAAAGAGAAGGUUCUGGUUACGAUUAUUGCUGGAAGAAUUUUCUUUCAGCUCAAACAUUAAAGGCCAUAGAUUCCCUUCGGAAGCAAUUUCUUGUUUUGCUUAGAGAUACUGGUUUGCUAGAUGACAGCACUUCUGAUUUGCUAAGUCAUGAUGAGCAUCUUGUCCGUGCAGUUAUUUGUGGUGGUUUAUAUCCCGGAGUAUCCUCUGUUGUGGCUGCAAGAGGUGUUUUGUUGCGAAUCCUGAUGACUAUGGUCGCUCAUUCAUUUGCAUGUGUAUAUCACAUAAACAAAGGGAAGUCAAUUUCUACGAAGACUAUGGAGGAUGGUCAGGUCCUGCUUUACGCUAAUUCCGUGAAUGCACGCGAGCAAAGAAUUCCAUACCCAUGGCUAGUUUUCAACGAGAAAGUGAAAGUGCAUGCAGUGUUCCUCCGUGAUUCGACUGCGAUAUCAGAUUCUAUGCUACUGCUUUUCGGGGGCAAUCUUUCUCAAGGGGGACUUGAUGGGCAUUUGAAAAUGUUAGGGGGCUACUUGGAGUUCUUCAUGAAGCCGGCUCUAGCUGAUACUUACACAAAGUUGAAAAGGGAGCUCGAAGAACUAAUACAGAAAAAGCUCGAGAACCCCAAAAUGGACAUUCAACCACACAGAGACCUCAUCGCUGCUGUCCGGGUCCUUGUCUCGGAGGACCCAUGCGAGGGCCGUUUCGUGUAUGGCUGCCAGGUCCUCACACUCGCGAUGAAAUCAUCUGCCCUCCUAUCGCCUGCAGCUGCUGGCGGUGAUGGUGAGAAUGUGAAGAACCAACUUCAGACGUUGCUCCAUAGGUCAGGGCAUGGAGCCCCUGUGUACAAAACCAAGCAGACCAAGAGCAACCAGUUCAGGUCCCUUGUGGAAUUCAACGGGAUGCAGUUUAUAGGGAAGCCAUGUAGCAGUAAGAAAAAUGCGGAGAAGGAUGCAGCCAGUGAAGCUCUUCAGUGGUUGACAGGUGGUGCAGCUUCUGCACCUGAAGAUAUCGACCGCAUGUCUACUCUUCUUAAGAAGACCAAGAAGAAAAUGCCUAGGAGGUGGUGAUGGAAGAUCUCGAUUCGGCUUAUCCACUGGUGAUGGCCUCGUUGAGGACCCCCUAUGGCUCAAGGUAGAUUGGAGUCAAAUUGACACCCACUUUAGCUUAAUUGGAGCUUAGCAGCUUGUUAUGGUAUGUCGAUAUUGACAACCCCUUCAGCCCAAUUAGGGCAUAACCACUGGUUAUGGCCUUGUGGGAGCGUGGCAUUACAGUUUUGAAUUUGAUGCUGCCUUAUAUAGGGUUGGCGUUCCAAAGAGGGGGGAUUCUUUUGGUUGUCAUUUGGUGAUAACUGUCCCUGAACCUGAUGGGUUAUGGGGGUUGGGGUUAUUCUUAUGUGGUCAGAAGAGGCGAGGACCUUUUCCAGACAGCAACUGUUUACGUUAGCAGGCACAGGAGGAAGCAUUUAGUGUAUGUAUUUUACACCAUUGUUACAGUGACUAUAGAUAUGAACACACCCCUGCUUUGUAUGCCAAAUAUCAAGAUGAAAUGAAAACCUAUGUUUUUACUA